ACAAAAAAAAAACUGGAAGAGAUCUUUUAUAACAUUCUCUCUCCUCUCUCAUCCCUCAUAUCUUUCUCUGCUUAGGUUUUUUUUUUUGGUUUUCUCUUUCCUCUCUCUUUCCCAAUCUCUCUCUCUCUCUCUUUCUCUCUCUCUCAGGUUUCUCUCUCCAGGAAGGUCAAAAAAAUUCCUUAAAGAGCCGUUUAGACCAAACCCACCAUUUUAUAAUCUCAAUGGAUGAUGAUGGAUUUCGCAAUUGGGGAUACUAUGAACCAGCGGCUGCUACGUUUAAAGGUAACCUUGGUUUGCAGCUUAUGUCUACCAUUGACAGGAACACUAAACCGUUCUUACCUGGACGUGAAUCGAAUCUAAUGAUCGGUUCAAAUGGUUCGUAUCAUCCUCGAGAGCACGAGGCCUCAAUGCCUAUGAACUAUAGCUGGAUUAAUCAACCAAAGGACAACAAGUUCUUCAACAUGUUACCUAUAAGCACACCUAACUACAGUAAUGUCAUGUCCGAAACAUCUGGUUCGAAUUCGAUGCAGAUGAUGCAUCAAUCGGUUGUGACUACAUCCCGGUUUGAGGAAAACCCGAUACAACCUCCUCCUUCUCGUGAAGAUGAAACCGUUCAGCAGCCUAGUGGUAAGAAGCGAAAGAUGAGAGGCAGCAUGGCAACACCAACAGCACCAAAAGCUAAGAAGCCGCGUAAACCGAAAGAGGAGAGUGGCGUUACUAACAAUGUUCAACAGCAGCGUGUGAAACCGCCUAAGAAGAGUGUUGAUGUUGUGAUUAACGGUGUGAGUAUGGACAUUUCUGGUUUACCUGUACCGGUUUGCACUUGUACUGGAACUCCUCAGCAAUGUUACCGUUGGGGAUGUGGAGGAUGGCAAUCAGCUUGUUGCACAACGAACAUUUCGAUGUAUCCUUUACCGAUGAGUACUAAGCGACGCGGUGCAAGGAUAUCGGGUAGGAAGAUGAGUCAAGGUGCGUUUAAGAAGGUCCUUGAGAAGUUAGCAACAGAAGGUUAUAGCUUUGGGAAUGCGAUUGAUUUGAAGAGUCAUUGGGCUAGACAUGGAACCAAUAAGUUCGUCACGAUCAGAUAAGUUUGGAAAAACUCAAAUGUUUUUGUUCUCUCACUGAUCGUGUAUAUACAACAAAACUGUAACCUUUGGGUUUUUCCUUCUUCUUCUGCAAGGUAACUUCUUUGUUUUUAGGGUUUGAUCAUCAUAUCUCUUAAUUCAUACAUUCUUAAUGUUCUGUUUUUGCUUGUUUGAAGUUUUCUCUCUAAGACAAGAAAAAUGUUGGUUUCUUUCUUUUUUCUUUUGCAACUUUCUCAUUUCAUCUUUAGGUUUGAAAUGUUAACUUGUAACAUUAGAUGUUGUAAUGAUCAAAUGUUGUUAUUUUAAACAAUUUUAGUGAAAGUUUUAAGUU